AUUUCCUUGCGCGUUGACCAAAAAGACAAGUCUGGCAAUAAUGCAUCUGUCCACAUCAUCCAAACACAAAUCCACUUGUGUCUCGUCUAUUCAAACAAAGUCCUAAACUCUCAUCUACUAUUGAUCUCCCACCAGAUUGGGUUGUAAUCGGAGCUUCCAUGGAACGUAUCAUCGGCGGCAAGUACAAGCUCGGACGCAAGAUCGGCCGCGGUUCCUUCGGAGAGAUAUUCCUCGCUACACACGUCGAUACUUACGAGAUCGUAGCUGUUAAAAUCGAGAACAGUAAAACAAAGCAUCCUCAACUUCUAUAUGAAGCUAAGCUAUACAGAGUUCUUGAAGGAGAAAGUGGGAUACCGCGCAUAAGAUGGUUUGGAGUGGACGGAACAGAGAAUGCUUUAGUAAUGGAUUUGCUAGGACCAAGUCUUGAAGAUCUGUUCGUGUAUUGUGGGAGGAAGUUUUCACCAAAGACAGUUUUGCUGUUGGCUGAUCAAAUGCUAACGAGAAUAGAGUAUGUACACUCCAAAGGAUACCUGCAUAGAGAUAUCAAACCUGAUAACUUCCUCAUGGGCCUAGGGAGGAAAGCGAAUCAGGUUUAUCUUAUUGACUUUGGACUUGCUAAAAGAUACCGUGAUGCUAGCACCAACCGCCACAUCCCUUACAAGGAAAAUAAGAAUUUAACUGGAACUGCACGGUAUGCAAGUUGCAAUACACAUCUUGGGAUUGAGCAAAGUCGACGGGAUGAUCUAGAAUCUCUUGGAUAUGUGCUUCUUUAUUUCCUAAGAGGCAGUCUUCCAUGGCAGGGUCUUAAAGCUGUUGACAAGAAGCAAAAGUAUGAGAAAAUCUGUGAGAAGAAGAUAUCAACUCCUAUUGAGGUUCUAUGCAAAGAUCACCCUGUGGAGUUUGCUUCAUAUUUUCAUUAUUGCCACACACUGACAUUUGAUCAGCGCCCUGAUUACGGGUUCUUGAAGCGGCUUUUUCGUGAUUUAUUCUCACGGGAAGGAUAUGAAUUCGACUAUAUAUUUGACUGGACUAUAAUAAAGUAUCAGCAAGCACAGAAAGCUAGAAACCAGUCUCAGGUAUACUUGUAUGUAUGCAUAUUUUGUCUCAUUCAUAAAGAAGUUUCCUUAGUGAUAAGCUUUACUUGUAUACUGCAGGCAAUUCCUGGGUCUAGCAAUGGUCGUGCAAUGCCAAUGGACACAAGCAAUCAUCAAGGAGUAACUAAUAUCUCACAUGAAGCUGAGUCCUCUGAGCGUGUUAGAUCGGCUAAUACCAUUGGUCCAACCCGGCAGAUGAAUAACAAUAGGAGUCCAGGUUUUGAUCACUCCCUCCACAAUAAGAUGCAAAUGCCAUCCACUUCAGCAUCUCCUGCGGGUACUUCUAAAAGAAAUGACGGAAAGACAGUGUUCCCUCCUGAAACCUCAAGUUCUAGGAAUGGGGGUGGGAAGAGAACCGGUGGCUGGGCUUCAUCAUUCAUGUCUCGAGGGAAAUGACGCCAAAGCAAAAAGACAAAGUGCAGUUUUUCUUUCUUCUAAUCUGCUGAGCAAAGAUUAUAUAUAGACUUUGGGAGAAAUGAAGGAGUUAGUGACUAAGUGAGAGCUUUAAAACUGUGAUUUCUGCAGUGGAAUCUCUAGGCGAGGCUGCAGAUUCUACAUGACCAAAGCCUACUGGUUUCACACAAGGCAUGAAAGUCUUAUCUUUCCAUGAACAGCUUACUGACUUCACCUUUGUAUAAUAUUUUGCAAUCCGGACAUGUAAUUUGAUUCUUGUGUUCCAUUAUCAUCAGUGUAUUCUGGUUUCAUAUACAUGUUCAUAGUUCACUUGA